UCUGUGGAUGAAAAUUACAUUUAUAGCACGUUGGACAUGUAACUUUUUCUUCAACGUUUAAAUGUAAAGACGGGUUACCUUUAUGAACGGUUGACAAUAUUCGUCGUCUUUUUCGUCAGAUUCGUCGACAAUUGAAGAUUUGCACGAUGAUUUGGACAAGAUGCGAGAAAUAACCAGUAUGCUGAAUGUGCCCGACAAUUUGACCCGCAAAAACUAUAAGGAUCUGGCUGAUGUCUGUGGGGUACCUAGCGAUUUAUACCAGAGCCUUCAACCGCCGUGUGUGGCAAGUCCUACUGCAGUGGUGUUGGAGGAGAUUGUAAGAGAAAAACCACAUUUUACCAUGUACCAGCUCUUCUUAAAUUUGCGGGACAUGAAACGCUUGGACGUCAUUCAAGGAAUUUCCAUUUUUUUUGUGGGUAAGGAAUUGGUUUACUCAAUAAUUCAUUAAUCUAACUUGCGUCAAGUUAUUCAUUUACUAUUUAUCUCCGGAAACUUCAUUUCGAAAUUUCCCUCUCAAUCGCAGCUACCAAAUAAUUUUUAAUUGUUUUUAGCAACUGCAUUUUACAAAUUUGGCAAGGAAUAGAAAAAUCUAGCAAGAAUAAAUUCACCGACAGUUUUAGUGACAAGAAAAGGCGAAUUUCGCGAAUUCAUUUGGGAAAUUCAUUGGUGUAUUCUUUUGUCAUUUGAUAAAUCCUUUGUCGACAAAACUUUCCGGUUCAGAAAUGCUUGAACUCGAUUGAUCUUAUUUUAAAAAAAUUACCUCACCUUUGUCAAUGCAUGAUGCGCUUGAAUAGAAACUGUGAAAAGCAACUCCCCCGCUCAAACAGCUGCCAGUUUUGUUUGGGGUAGUCAACAGGUCUUGAAACCGUGAGAAAAUAGACGUAAGAUUGAUUACUAAUUAAUCUCCUGGCUUUUCGAUUUUUUACAGAAGAAGACUUUCUCAAUAUGAAGAGAAAACUGAAGAUUAGUGAUGAGUAAAUUGUUCCAUCCAUGCAAGUAUCCUCAACACAAAAGACAGCCCUAUUUCAUUCUUUUAUGGGAGCAGCUGAAUGUCAAGAGAAGAGAGACCAAACGAGUUUUAAAUACGCGUUAAAAUCAAGCGAUUUCUCUCAGGUAAUAUCCAGAAUUAAAGUUAAAGGAACUUGGUGUUUAGCUAGAGGUUUUUGAGCGUUCAACGGAGCUAAAAAAAUUCAAGAAAUAGUUGGCUAUUGUUGGAAGAUUUUUCUUACACUCCUUGUUAAGUUGAAAUUUCUUUAUUUCCUUUCUUAAAAACUCAAUACAACGUGCUGGCUCGGGGACUAACUCCACUCUCUCUAGGAAAGUGGUCUCUAGCUUAUAAAGGUGACAGUUAGCAAGCUGUCAAUAUUUGACCAACGUCACUUUUUCUCACUUAGCUAGCGAAUCAUGUUGAGUUACGUGAAACAGAUCCCGCAUACUAAGUAUGUACCUUCGGUUUGAUGAUUCUUUCCAAAACGAUUUUAUUCCUAAAAAUUUCAUACUUUUGUAAUAAAGAUCGGGCAAAAAUAAAAAAUUGCGUAGAUUAGAAUUAUACUCAGAAAGAUAACUGAAGAGAAAAUAGCCCUUGAAGUUUGUUGCAUAACAACAGAAUAAACAGAAAAUUCGAGGAAGAUAGGGCGUACCCAGAUUGUCAUAAUUGAAGUGCAUCUUACCGCAAGAUAAUUGUAACACAGAUAAUAAAAGUGCGACUUGUUACUGCC